AUGGGUGCUGUAUCAGUAUUAUUUUUCAUUGCUUCUUCAUCAGUGCAUACUCUCACACCUGGUGAUGUGUCGGCUGUUUAUACUUUGGGAAUGCUGUCUUCUCAAAGGGAUGAAGCAUCCAGAGUGGUCAGCAGAAUAUCUGAGUUGCUGUCCAUGUUUAAUCCUGAUGUAAUCACUCACCAUGUGAAGGAGUCCAGAUCUUUACUGGAGGAAGCUGAAGAACUGUCUCUGUCCCUUUCAUAUCAGGUCAAUGCAGAUGUUAGAGCGGCAAUCCAGGAAGUAGACACAGCCCUUCACAUAUUGUAUAAAAAGAUGCAUCACAGCCUGGUUCAUGUUGUUGUAUGGAGCGUAUAUGAUCAGCAGAACAAGUGAGUCAUAUGUGAAUGCAUGAAAGAUAUAAACACAAACCAAAGACUGCAUAAAGCAACUCUUCUAAAAACAAUGCAGGAUUCUUUAAAUAACAUCUUAGAAAAUCCUAAGUGGCAAAACAGGGGUGACUUUUCUGUGAUGCUGCAUCCUUCUCCAGCUAUCUCUGAUCCCUUUUCAGGUUCUGUGAACGCCAUGUCCAACAUAAAUCAAAUAGCCAUUCAGCUCUGGACAAACAUGCUUCAGCCACCAGCCCAUCAAUCAGAGGUCAAGGACAGCAGCAUCAUCAGGAUUCCCUGCCCUUCACUUGAACGACCUUAUCUGCGGACAGAUGUAAAUUCUCCCCCUGAUAGAGAGCAGAAAGUAAACAGUAAAGCCUCUACACCUAUCGAUCCUGUCAUGGGUACUGAGAUACCCUGCAAAGACCGUCAUCCAUCUCCUUCUACACCAAUGUCAGUUCAUGAGCUCAGACCUGGAGAUAUCAAAGUGGUUGCGGCAGUUGGUGACUCUCUCACGGCAGCCAAUGGCGUAGGUGCAAAAGCAGACAACCUUCUGUUAGUGAUUAACGAGUACAGAGGACUGUCAUGGAGCAUCGGUGGUGACGCCAACAUUAGCACCGUGACCACUCUGCCAAAUAUCCUCAGAGAGUUCAACCACAACCUGACUGGCUUCUCAGUGGGAGUGGGUAAACAAGACACACCUCAGGCCUUCCUCAACCAGGCUGUGGCAGGAGCCAAGACUCGUGAUAUGGUGAACCAGGUGCGCACUUUGGUGGACAAAAUGAAAAAUGAUAAGCGCAUUGAUUUCCACAACGACUGGAAAGUGAUCACCAUGUUUGUUGGAGGCAAUGACAUAUGUGACUUCUGCACUGACACUAUUAUUUUCUCACCCAGAAAUGUGAUUGGUAAUAUUCGUCAAGCUCUGGACAUACUCCACAACGAGGUGCCUCGUGCCAUUGUGAAUCUAGUGGAGCUGUUAAACAUUGUACCAUUACGCGAUCUGCACGAGGAUGACACUCUGGGCUGUCCCACCUGGUUUGUCAAAUUAGUUUGCCCUUGUAUACUGAAGCCUAGAGUUGGAUCUUCUGAAUUCCAGAUGGUCAAGGACUUUAACAGAGCCUAUCAGCGUGCUAUGAGAGAGCUCAUUGACUCAGGACGUUAUGAUACACACAACAACUUCACUGUGGUACUGCAGCCCUUCUUCAGGGAGGUUCUCCUUCCUUACCUGGAGGAUGGACAUCCUGAUCGGUCGUACUUUUCACCUGACUGUUUUCACCUCAGUCAGAAGGCUCACACUCUCAUGGCUCGUGCUCUCUGGAACAAUAUGUUUGAGCCCGUGGGUAACAAGACUUACACCCAAGACUUCACCGCUGGGAUUGAUUUGAAGUGUCCAUCUGAGGAUAUUCCAUACAUUAGGACUGCUUUCAACAGCAACUAUACUUCUGCAGGCCUUCCACCCACCUCUGCCCCAGAUAAGAACUGGGGAAGUGAUUUUUCCUGCACUGACACAGCUCCGUCUGAGUCUGUUCCCACUUCAGUUCACAGGUUACGACCAGCAGACAUUAAAAUCGUGGCUGCUCUGGGAGAUUCCAUAACGACUGGUUUUGGUGCAAAAGCAAAAAAUCUGUUUCAGCUGCGAACUGAGUACAGAGGAGUAUCAUGGAGCAUUGGAGGAGAUAAAAGUCUGGAAACUGUCACCACAUUACCCAAUAUCCUGAAGAAGUUCAAUCCUUCCAUCAAAGGCAUGUCACUAGGAAAAGGUAAAGAGAGGACUAACUUCAACAUGGCUGUAUCAGGGGCUAAAAUAGCAGGAAUCCCAGGGCAAGUCAGACGACUGAUUGAUGCCAUGAAAAAUGACUCGUCUGUAGAUUUUGAGAAUGACUGGAAGCUGGUGACCCUCUUCAUUGGAGGCAAUGAUCUGUGUCAGUACUGCAAUGACCGGGCUACUUUGUCACCUCAGAACUACACCCAUCAUAUGAUGACAAGCUUGGAUAUGCUAUAUGAAGAGGUUCCCAGGAUUUUCGUCAAUGUGGUGGAGAUCCUACAAAUUGAAGGCCUUCGCAGAAUCAAAAAGGACAGUCUGGGAUGCAAUGUGUUACAACAGUUUGUCUGCUCAUGUUUCCUGAUACCAAGUGAUCAUUCCCCUGAGCUAGCAGAAGUAAAACUGAUUAAUCAAGAGCUACAGAUUGAGACUGAAAAGUUGGUGUACAGUGGCCGCUAUGAUAACAAAGAAGACUUCGCUGUGGUCAUACAACCUUUUUUUAAGAACUCCAUUGUUCCUUUGAAUGCUGAUGGCAGACCUGACGCCUCAUACUUUUCUGAAGACUGUUUCCACUUCAGUGAACGGGGACAUUCGAGCAUGGCAACAGCUCUGUGGAAUAACAUGUUGGAGCCAGUGGGAAAAAAGCAGACAUACAACAACUUCACAAAUGCAAGAAAUGACAUCACAUGCCCCACGAAGGAGCAUCCUUACAUCUUCACCAAAGGGAACAGCUUCCCAGCCGUCCCCAUCUCCCCAUGCUGCUGCUCUACUAGUGUUCCUGUGUGGUUGGCUGCUCUGCUGGCUGUCGCAGGUCUUAUGAUUGGCUGGUUUGUCACCUGGCUCCUACUGUCCUGUGUAGCCAAAAGAAACAAGAAGAAGAGUGCUGCAGUUGAGAUGAAGGCCACCACGUUUUAAAGAGAUUCUUAUUGUAGUUUUGCAUUUAACAGUAAGGAGAAGAAUUAUUUAACCACAAAAGCAAUAUUAAAGGUCCAGUGUGUAGGAUUUACUGGACAUUAUGGGAGUCUAAGUAUACAAAUCGAAAACAAUAUGUAUAAUGAGCUGUUUUAUCUGAGUGGGUAGAGUACCUCAAAAAUACUUGCUCAUUUAUCAGAGUUAAGAAGCGUUAAUGGACAAAUACAGGCUCCAACAAGGACCUUCUGGGUUUAUUUCAGCCACUGUUAGGGAGGCGUAGUUGAAAGCAAAAUCGUUUAACCUCAGUAUUAAACGAUUUUGCAAAUUAAACACUGGACCUUUAAAUUCUGAGUUAAGUUUGGCAUUGAGUAUAUUUUUUUCUAUAGCUGUAUAACAUUAAUCUUCAAAGGUUCAUAAUGUAUGAUUUGUGAGUUGUUCUGUACUUGAAUGAACCAUGUAUUGGAGUGUUUGUUUUUGUGUAGGCAACUUUAUUAGUUUAGAAAUACAUCCAAAAAGCAAACAUCCACACACAAAAUUUUCAUUUUGUACCUUUAAGAUGAAUUUAAAUGUUAUAACUGUUAGCUUUAUAUUUUGCCUCCAUCUGAUAUACCUUGAUGAAACCAUCACUACAAAUCCAUAGUGACUGCAUAUUAACUUAUUACUGCUGUUAUGAAAUUUCUUUGUAAAGUAGAACAAAUUUUAGAUGAAUCUUGUAUAGAAAAACACUCUGCAUUUGUCUGAAAUGAAUGUAAGAGCUUUAAUGAAUGUACACACAUGAUAGAUGUAAAGUAAACAUAAUUAUGUGAAAUUAUAAUAACUUAAAAACUACAAAACAAGGCAAGUUCACUAACACCGUUUUUUCUGUUUUGUGACUAAGUGUGUUUUCAGUGUCCAUGUUUUAAA